GGUGGCUCCGCUCCACUUUAGAAGUCAAAGCCAGUUUAACAGAGGGUGUGUUCUGCAUCCACCUGGACAAGCGACGUGUGGAUUUCCUCUUUCUCGUUGUUUGUCAAACAAAUGCGUAACUUUUAUACAAGACAAGGAAAGAGAUACACAGCGUUACAAGGCAAAACUUAUCAGAUUGCUGGGAUCAAAACUGGCUGUCACUUUCAGUGAAAGGAAUCUGGAUUCAAGGAUGUUGCUGGAGCUCUGAACAGCAAAGAUGAGUGUGACAUCAUGGUUCCUGGUGAGCAGCUCAGGGACACGACACCGGUUACCGCGGGAGAUGAUCUUCGUGGGCCGGGAUGACUGCGAGCUCAUGCUGCAGUCCCGCAGUGUGGACAAACAGCACGCUGUCAUUAACUAUGACCCUGCCACGGAUGAGCACCUGGUGAAGGACCUGGGAAGCCUUAAUGGGACCUUUGUCAACGACCUCCGAAUCCCAGACCAAACCUACAUCACGCUCAAGCUCUCCGACAUCAUCCGAUUUGGAUAUGAUGCUCACGUGUACAUCCUGGAGAGGAGCCAGCACAAGGUACCAGAGGAGGCUCUCAAGCAUGAGAAGUACACCAGCCAGCUGCAGAUCGGUGUAAAGACGUCAGAGUCCAAGAGACGGGAGCACGCGGAGGAGAAGAGCAGAGCCACGGUGUCUCCCAGCUCUAAGCAGGACAAGAGUGACCGCAAGGCCACACCAGAUGCCCCUGUGUCUAGACCCACUCCUCUGUAUGGGCAGCCUUCUUGGUGGGGAGAUGAUGACGAGGAGCACCUGGACCAGUGCGGUAAAGCCGACUCCAAGGAGCCGGGGGUCAAUGGCUGCCACGGCGACGACCCGUCCAAGCCUGUCUACUCGUACCGACGGGAGCCCAGCUACUUCGAGAUUCCUACUAAGGAGAUCCAGCAGCCGGCCGGCCGACCCAAGACGUCCGAGCCGCCGCAGCCACUGCAGCUCCAGGAAAUCCCCACCAAGGACACGGACGCCCAGGUCCCGAGCCUGCCGAUCCCCAUCCCGGCGACGCAACCUGAGACGCCUCCUGUGGUGCAGAGCCACGCGUCCUUCACCAUCGAGUUUGACGACUGCGAGCCGGGCAAGAUCAUGAUCAAGGACCACGUGACCAAGUUCUCCUUUCGGCAGCGCCGGCGAGAGUCGGGCGGUGGAGGGGAGCCGGCAGCAUCAGCCGCCGCCACGCCCCUGGAGGAGAUGUCGGCAGAGAGCAAGGUCGCUGAUUGGCUGGUACAAAGCGACGUCGGCAUGAUGAGGAGGAAGUCGCGCACAGAUGAUCUGUACAGUACCAAGAGUGACCUGCCCAUUAACAACAAGACACUCAACGAUCACCAGCAUGAAGAUGGGACUCAGAGUGAUUCUGAGGAUCCUGUUCUAAAGGAGAAACAACGUCUGCACUCUCAGUCACCAGCCUCUACCCAGAGGUCUCCACAACCCCGGCAGCACUCACCCUCUGACCUCUCCACCGCACGCUCUUUCACCCCUCCUUCUAUCGAGCCCCCGCUCACCUCCUCCACCCCCGCUCUGUCCUCACCGCCCCAGAGCCAAGCCCGGGGCGACCCCCAGCAGGCCUUCGUCAUCGAGUUCUUUGACGACAGCAACGCGCGCAAGAAGCGCUCGCAUUCCUUCAGCAACAACAUGGGCCCAGGCGAGGCCAACGUUGUGCUGAAGAGCCGCCUGGAGAAGAGAAAGAGCGCCGCCCUGUUGGGUGAGAGAGGCACUGCAGCGCAGGGCUCCACUCUGCCAACGCAGCAGUUCACCGUCCCGCUCAAGGGCUCGUCGUCUUCAGGGGGCUUCUACAGGGCCGGCUCCCUGCGGCGGGAGAAGACGGACGUGCGUCUCGGCUCCUCCUCCAACUUCUCCUCGCGCUCGGCCUCGUCGCGGCCCUUCGGCAGUGUGGGCCGACGCUCCAAGCUGGCGCAGGACUUUGCCAACGAGUUCCUCCGCCAGUCCCGUCCUCCGUCAGCCACCGCUGCCCCUGCCCCUUCUUCAUCCUCCUCCUCCUCCUCACCUUCAGCAUCCACCGCCACCUCCGCUGCCUCCACACAAGCCCCGCUCCAGCGGAGCACGCCAGCCUCCUGCCCCAGCCACCACUCCUCAGGCCCCAAGCAGUCCUCUGUGCCUAUGAAAGGGCCCCUGAUGUCCCUGAAGGGGUCGGACCCAGACCCCAAGGCCCCCAGAGCCUUCAGGAACGAGGAGGAGGACAGCCUCAGUGACGCUGGUACCUACACCAUAGAGGGCGACAUCCAGGACAAGGAGGUCGAGGAAGCCCGUAACAGGAUCGAUAAGGUGUUUGGUGUUGUGGAGAGUCCUGACUCCAGCACCCAGCCCAGCCCCGAGGCCUUUAGGCCCGAGCUCUUGGGCAGGAGACGCAGCAGCAGGGAGGCCCAGUCUAGCAGCCUCUCUCAUAGUGAGGGUAGUUCUUCUGCCCCUGCCCAGGGCAAUUACUCAGCAGGCUUUAGCCAGUCGCAGAGCCAGUCGGAGUCCUCCGGGGGACCCAGGUGGGUGUCCAGGUGGGCCAGUCUGGCUGACAGCUACUCCGACUCCAACCCAGUGACGGGCCUCUUCGACAUCCCGGCUCAGAUGGACCUUUCAAGCUCUGCUAGCAUCUGUCCAUGUGUCCCAGGUGGAGCGCGGAUCAUCCACCAGGCCAUGCUGAACAAGAGCUUUGAGCCCUCAGAGUCCGAGGGCACGCGCUCACGCCGCGUCCUUCCUCAGGUGCCGUCGCAGGAGAAGGCAGAGGCCAGCCCACCCAGCAUCCACAUCCAGCCAGACCCCUACGGCACCUACGAUGUCAAAGGUCGGAGGUCAAAAAGCCCCCGUCAGAAGGAAGACGUCCAGCGCCUGCACGUGCAGGACGACCUGGACCCGGACAGCUUGAGCGACGCCAGCAAGUCAGACGACAGCUCCGUGGUCGAGCAGGGCAGGAGGUCCAGUUUAGGGAGGUCCGGUGGCAAGAGCUGGUCCCGGAACCGGACCGACACCUUGGACGUGUCCGCCAAGUCCACGUCCUACUGCGUGAGCUCCGAGGACAGCCUUACCAAGCCCGAGUGGGACCAGGACGAGCGGCCCAAGUUCUCCAGCGCCACCAUGACCAGGCACAGGCCCACCAGUGCCACCGGCUCCACCACCUCUCCGCCCAACCUGGACGGCCAGGAGCGAGCCGGCAGCGCCAGCCGGAGCGAGGGUGGCACUUCCCCGUCGUUCUCCAGGCAGGAGAGCUACACCAAGAGCCAGGCCGGCGAUGAUGGUCAGCAGAAGCGACUGCCCAACAUCUCCAACAGCCAGGACUUCUCAAAGGACCGCAGCGCCUCUGCUGGCAUUGGCACCCAGGACACUCACUCGUACCUGAAGCAGACCGAGGAUGUCCUUGCUGCCCUGGAAGCCAAGCUGCAGGUUCAGAGCUAUGGUCAGUCGCUGCCCGCUAGCGCCUCAGCUGGUGUAGAGGACUCGCUAUCCGGAGAGUCGGACGUGGACACGUCCAGCACAGUUAGCCAGCUGAGCAGCAAGAACUCCAGAGAGUCGGUCUCCGGGACCGGAAAGAAGUCCUCUUCCUCUACAGCCACAGGUAGUGUCCACAAGACCAGGUCAUCUGUCAAUCUGAUGGACCAGGACGGCAGCCGACCGAGCCCGGCCCGCACUCGUCUCUACGAGAAGCGGCAGGUGAGUACGGCUGACUCCUUGUCUUCCUCUGGUCGUCCCCGGACCAGCCUGCGGCAAAGCGUCAGCAAACACGGCUCCAUGGACUUCAGCGAGGACAACCUGCUCUCUGGCUGCGUGGGAGUGGGCACGCGACACUGGUCCGACUCCAUGACCUCUGACCAGGAGUCUGGCUCGCGGACGUCCUUCAUGCGCAAGAAGAGCGCGGCCCCCCUGCAGAGGGAGGAGCCCACCAAGACGAGCCGGACCGGAGGAGGCGGUGCUGUUGCCCAGGCUCUGGGCCGCUCCAACUCCCUGUCGGCGCCCCGGCCCACUCGGGCCUCCAUGCUCCGCCGGGCCCGCCUCGGAGACGCCUCCGACAACGAGGGCCCCGAGACGGAGCGCACCUGGCAGAGCGCCAACGAGUCCGGAGUGCCGGUGGGCACGCGCGCGCCGCCCCAGGAGGUCAAGCAGCAGCAGCGGCCGCUCUCACGGCUGGACCUCCUGGCUCUGCCACGCAAGCGCACCAGCUCCUUCACCACGCCCAGCGACACCGAGGCCUCGGCCCCCCCGCGCACCGGCUUCUCCAACCGCAGCUCCGAGUCCACCACGUCUGUGCGCAAGGCCUCCGUGGCCGCCGACCCCAAGAGCGUGGCCAGGAAGGCCGCCGUGCAAGCGGCCCACAAGCCCAUCAUCCGCGGACGCUCCAGCAGCGCCAAGUACGCCAGCAGCACAGCCAGCUCCCGGAGGCGCCAGAAGGGCUCCGACUACACCUCCACGUCUGAGGAGGAGUACGACUCCAACCACAGCACGCCUAAACACAAACGCUCCCACCACACCUCAGGGUCAUCAGCCUCGGGGACGCCCCGCGGUCAGACCCCCGUGCUGGCCCGCGCCGGCCUGCGUGUGCGCAGCCGGGAAUCUGGGGAGGAGAGCCACGGAGAGGGAGACGCCUUCCAGAACUGGAGCUCGCACAGCGCAGAGAUCGCCAGGCUUAGUCAGGACCUGGCGAAGGAUCUUGCCAUCUUGGCGCGGGAAAUCCAUGACGUGGCAGGAGAUGCAACGGAACAGCCGCAGGCGGACGCAGCCGAACCGAUCUCCACCGUGCCAGUGCGAGAGGAGCUACGGCAUAACAUUCCAGAGGCCAGCUUGAACUUCCAGAAGAGUCAGUCUGCCUCAGGCUUGGCCAGACACCCCGAUCAGGUCCUCUACAGCCAAGAGAUGACCUCCAAACAUCGGGGCAGAGCCCAAGAUGAGGUGGCUGGAGAAAAUCUGCUGCUGAAUCCUGUGUCUCAGGUCUCUCUGGCUAUACGGGAAAACACUGAACAGCUGACCGAAAAACUAAAGGUCCUGUUUCAGAACAAAGCAGACGUUUGGGAGGAAAUUGAGGCAAUCAAUUCAGACAAUGAUAUUCCUACUCACAAAACAGGCAACAAGGAAAUUUCAGCUAUUCUAAAAGAGCUGAGAAGAGUGCAGAGACAACUGGAAGUCAUUAACAACAUCAUCGAGCCGGAUGGCAAGGCUGAGCUGAGCCGGGUGUCCUCCAGCAGCACGCCCUCUCUGAUGGGGCUGAGGGGGGACAGGCCGCUCCUCAGAGACAGGAGGCCCACCACCUCCCCACGGGCCAGCGGAGCAGGAGCAGGUGGAGGUGGUGGUGGUGGUGGGCCCCCACCUGCCAGACCUGGCAGCAGGAAGUCCGGGGCCGCCUCAGACGGAGAGAGCUUUGUGGUGUGAGGAGAAGAAGGAGGAGGAGGAGGACACUGGAGGUCUCCUCGCCAUGCACUCUCACUGGGACUGCUGCUGCACUGAUGGGAGAGAGAGAGAACGAGUGAGUGAAUGAAACAGAGAGAGUGAGAGAGAGUGAAUGAGUGAGAGAGUGAGAGAUGAGAGAAGUUAGUGCACUGACAGUAGUCGGGAGACAUAUUUGCACUUUGUCCAUGUUGUACCAGACCGACUGUUUUGCAGCACAAAAAGGAUUGUUUAGAGAGCCCACACUUGUUCUCUUCAUGUCAUUUGGCAUUUUAUUUUGUGUGUAUGGGGAGGGGUGUGUAUGUGUGUGUAACCAUGCCACAGUGGGGCACUUCGUAUUUGGUGACAUGGACGCUCCAGUGCCAUGAAGUACAUCAGAUGAAUUUGUCACUUUGACAUAUUGAAAUAUUACACAGUUUACUUGACUUUUUUGUGUAUAUAUUUUUGUAGAGCUAUACAGGUCUUGAUCUGGGGUUAAUAAAUGGUUUCCUUGUUGGGUUGAAUCACGUGUAGGUGUAAUACCUACAAACAAAGUUAUUAGUGAAGUUUCUCUUUUAUUUUGCUUUGGAAGUCAGUGGAAGUGGAUGGCUUAAAGUUACUCCGUUCCUCAGAAUAAAUGAAUUUGUCCCAAGUUAUUCUGUCCACAACACAGCAAUGGGAGCAUAUUAGUGAGACUAUAGAAAUUGUAUGUAAGUACAUGAAUGAGCCUAUGUCUCUGAGAGCCAAAAGCUAUAUAUAAUUAUAUUGAGGAGAUGGGAGGCAGGUCAACAUGCACUUUGUCUGUUUGAAGUUGUAAAUGACUAAAGGAUGGUAUGUGCACUGAUGGUAUGUGCCUGUCAGGCUUCGUGUGCACCAGAACUGAGCAUCUAUGCGGAGAGGGUGGCCGUUGCUUGUGCUUGUGCUGGUGUGUUAUAAGGGGGUGGUUUGCUAUGGAGGGAAUGGGAUAGGGUGCUUUGGCCUAGUUUUUCUGAUUACUUGCCCAACCUUUGUGAUUGGCUAGUUUUGCUGAUGUGACCUUAUUUAGGGUGUGGAGGUGCACUGAGGCUUGGCCCACAGCAGUGUUCUCCACACACAGCCAAAGGGCUCCUCCUCAGGACCAAACUCUCUACUCACUACAGUAGUUUGGGAUCAGAGAGGUUCAGCAUUGGAUCUGCCUGGCUCUUGUAUUGGACUUCUUGUAUUGUUGAGACUUUGACCGGACCUUAAGAAGAAAUGGCCAGCACUCUCUUCACACUUCAGAAAUCCUUUCCAAUCAGAAUGAUCUUGAGAGCUGAGAAUCUGCAUUUAAAAUGUUUGAACACUACAGAUGAAGUCUGUGAAACAUGAGGCUCUGGGUGUCUCAGGUGCCUGUCAUGUACAAAUUGCUGCUGAUUUUUUUAUGAUUGACAAUCGUUUGCGUGUAGCUGAUUAUUUAGCAGUAUGCACCAAUGGUGCUGUGUCAAUCUUCUCAGCUGUGUAAAUCAUGUGAAUGCUGUCAGUGCACACACACACACACACACAUACACGCACACACUUAUUUACUCACUCAUUCUCACAGACACACUCACAUACACUCACUCUUGCUCUCUCACACACACACACACACACACAAACAAAAAUAAAACACAUUUAGUUCUUGUGAUUAACUUAGUUUGUCUCAUUUUGUCAAGGCACAGGUAUGGUUUAGUAUAAAUGGCUGAAGCUUCAGACACAAGGGCUCCUGGGUGACUAUGGCCACCAGAGCUUCUCUGCUGUGGUGAGCCCAGUUGCCUUCAGAGGUGCUUUAUAUCUCUUCGACUGGGAGCUCCUGCAUCCUGCGGUACACCUGACCAUAGGGUCCAUGUCUGCACACCUGUGCUGUUUACAUGAAAAAUAUCAUAUGCGUCACUUGCACAGAGUUGUGUUCCUCUUGCGGUUUAUGCAGAUGCCAUGGUUACUGUAUUCCCAGACAGGCCCUGACUUCCUGCCUGCCUUGUUAUGGUGUUAACCACCACGGUCACAAUUGAGAAGUGAUUAUUUUAUUUCCUUUGUUAAAAAAGACACCAACUGACUGUACACAAGUCAUAGGCUAAAAUGUAUGACACACACACAAGGUCUUUGUAGACACACUAUUAAAGGUUAUCUGGCACUUCCUCAGAGUGUAUAUUUCAUUCCACAACUUUUUUAGUAGUGGAGGUUUUGGGUACAUAUCUGUUUCUAUGUUCAGACUGACACACUACACUGAUUUGCACUCUAUAUCUGCAUGAGAGCAGACGAGCAGGCGUGAGGCUCCAGUUGUUUGGGGAUAUUUUCAUCCUCAGACCAUUGGCAAGGUUUUGUUCUCCUCCACCUCAAACAGAUUUUAAUAGAACACUGAUGUUGGUUUUUUCAAGCAAUUCUGGUGCUCAGACUGUGGUAAUUGGAUGGAAUUGCUUGGUUACAUCUUGGACCAAAUGAACUUCCCUUUAUAAAGCAGUUCAACUCUGAUAACAAAAUCCCAGCUUAAAGCUUUAAACUGCUCUCUUUCUCUCUCUCUCUCUCUCUCCUCUCUCUCUCGCUCUCUCUCUCUCUAAAGUUAGCUGUAUGAAAUCAUGUCAUUUAUACAGAAUGUAUCAAUCGCUGAAUGUCAAAUUUGCCUACCAGAUGUAAAGAAAUAAGUUAUCGAUGUCAUGAAAAAAGUACAAUUUUGUAAUGAAAAUAUAUAUAAUUUUGUGCAUAAAUGUAAUUCAGAGGUGUAUGAUUUUUCUGUUUGUAAUAAAUUGAU